CCCUUCUCCCCGUCCCCGGCCCGGCCCCGGCGCUUCCUCCCCCUCCCACCCGGGGCGUAACCGGGCCCAUUAGCAGCGAGGCCAAUAACAGUCAUGGCGACGACUUCAUUCCGCGACUCAGUCAACUCAUUGGGCUGGUCGCGACGCGAACCAGACCUCCCCGCGCGCACCAACUCGUCCAACACCCCCAUUCUUUCACGGUUGCAGUCUUGGAAUCCAUUUGGUCAAGGGGAGGGUUAUCUGCAGCUGCCCACUCAUGAAGCUCCAGGAGCUCCUCUACCGGCCGCAAGUCGACGGGAAGAGGAAGAUACUUUCUUCGCCUUAAGUAGAUGGGAUCGGAUGCUCAUCUUCAUCGCAUGCAACCUGGGUGCCACCGUCUGCUUCCUGCUUUGCUUUUUCCUAUUCCCGGUGCUCUCGCUCAAACCCCGCAAGUUUGCCAUCCUAUGGUCGGUUGGUUCCUUGCUGUUUCUGCUAUCAUGGGCGGUCCUCAUGGGACCCUGGGUUUACGCAAAACAUCUGGUCUCGGGACCACGCCUGCCCUUCACGGCGGCCUAUUUCGGCUCGAUCGCCAUGACCUUGUACUUUGCUAUGGGACUCCAUUCCACCCUGUUGACCCUCGUCUCGUCGCUGUUUCAGCUCGCCGCCCUGCUCUGGUACCUGGUCAGCUACUUCCCCAUGGGUAGCACUGGGCUGCAAUUCAUGGGUCGUUUCGGCGCUCAGCGUGUCACUUCGUGGAUGACCAGCUGAUGCUGAUGCUGUCAACAUCUCGAUACAACCGGGCCCCGGACUAUCUUGCUUCGCCUUGAAGUUGUUCGCUGUAUAGGUGAUUCCCUCGCGAUUGCAUGAUCAUGAUCAUGAUAUGAUACAUAGAUAUGGUUUCGAUGUCGCAUGCAUUGUUACUCGUGUACAGUUACAUACAUACCUCCCUCCCUCCUUCCCCAUCCAUCUUACUACAUAUAAUUUUACCAACUAUUAAUUAUGAUACCCUAUCCUUGCUAGUGGUAGUCCCGUGAACAACAUACAUACAUACAUGCAUACAUACU